AGUGUUGCUGGAGCCAUCAGUUAAGAAGCAACUCUCGUGGUGGUUGGACGUCUUUUCUCCCGGCAGAAAUUGAUACGAUUUUCAACGUUAAUUCUCUUGUGGAAUACUCUCCUGCACUAUAUACAUAUAUAGCAUUGCAUAUAUAAUAAGGAUUUAUCUUUUGCCUCCCCUUUGAGUGACACAGGAGUGAUACUUGGCUACUGAUAAUCCCCCCAAUAAGGUGCUAAAUCAUUCAUAGCCCCAGUAAGUGCCAUCCCUUGAGGAAUUUCAUCUCUACCAGCAGAGGGAGAGAAAGAGUGCUUCCUUGUUCACCAAGGGAAGAUUGUGAGUGUGCAGUGAAUGGGGAAAUAAUCAAUUUCUCCAUUGAAACAUUAAUUCAUUUUUGGGAGUUCAUUAAAUUGUGCGUGUGUGUGUUGUGACAAUGUAUCAAGUGUCCUUUCUGUGCUUAAUGGCUAUUGUGGGGGUCACAGUGGCAGCAGCAACGGUUGAACCCCCAAUAAAUGAGCAAGUGUCGCUAAUGUCGAAGCAAUUGGAUGCCCUAAUGACGAGAAGGCGUGAGGAUUAUCAACUCCUCGAGGAGAAUCUCAAGAAGUUUGUACGGCAAAAUGCCCAGCAGUAUACGACUGUUGAUGUACGAGAGGAAAUUAAUCAAUUGAGGAAGGAACUGAAGAUACUGAGGGAGGGCUCAUCUGGGUCGAAUGAACACCUCACGGCACAAUGGCUCACGAGAACCAUUGCAGAGCUUAGGUCGGAAUUGGCGGAACUUCAGCAAACAUCAUCAGCGUCGUCCAAAGAGUUCCAGCAGCGGAGUCAGAUGAUUGAGGACAUUGGGGGCCUGCGGGAGGAUGUUAAGGCGCUCCGAUUGGAGAUUGAGGCCCUGCGGUCGCGACAAGAGAAGGCAGACAAACUCAUCCACGAGCUUCGUAAUGAGGCCAUUCAGAACAGUCAGGACUUUAGGCGGAGUCUCAAAUACAAGAACCAGAAAUUACCAAAGACAAUCGAUUACAUUGAGCCUGAGGCAGAUCAUCGGAUGCGCCACAGGAAGUUUAUUCGGCAGCAGCUGCAUGAAUUGGACGUGGGUCAAAAGACUCUCUUCCGGCACGUUGCUGAACUUCGCAAUCAACGAAUGACUGAGCGUCUGCAGAGCGUCGAGACGGAGCAGAAGCACACCGCAACGAAAACCUUCAAUCUCAGUCGGGAACUUGGGCAUCAGGCUACAACGAUGAACAAGAUGCACAGCUCAAUCUUGGAGCUCCUUGAGGAUGUUGAGGGUAUUCAGAAUAAGAUGGACAAGACACUCCCAGAGCUACGUCGUGAAAUCUCCAAAGUUGAAUUCAAUGCAGCCCAAAUCACAGCACAGCAACAUUUUAGCCAUGAAGAGGGUCAAAAUUGCGCCAAAGCCCUUCAGGCUUUGGCUGUUAGUGUGAGUAGCCUGCAGAAGGAUGGGGAUAUCCUGCGUGCUGUGCAACAUCAAACGGAUCGUCUGCAGCAGGAUGUUGAGCGCAUCAAGUCCGCCGUGUCGCUCCAUCGGGAAGUCUUCCACAGUCGCCUGGAGAAGAUGGAAUCAGAAUCAAAGGAUAACCGAUCGUCAACGCCUGAAGAUGGCCUCUCAAUGGAUCAAAGGCAAACUCAAAUACUCGUCGAUCAGCUGGAGCAUGUUGAACUUGAAUACGAAACAAUUGUGAACAAAAUGCCACGAGAUUGCACCCAACUCGAUCGGUCCCUCAAUGGCUACUAUUUGAUCGCACCUGAGGGUCAGCAUCGUCCGAUCAUCACCAAAUGUUCCAAUGGAUGGAGCCUUAUUCAGCGACGUCACGAUGGCACUGUGGACUUCAAUAGAUCAUGGGAGGAAUACGCCCAAGGAUUUGGAUCGGCUUUCAGUGAGUUCUGGAUUGGCAAUGAAGCUCUUCAUCGACUAACUGCCGACAACUGCACCAGUCUUCGUAUCAUGAUGCAGGAUAUCUACGACAAUACGUGGCGAGCUGAGUACAGUCAUUUCUACAUUGAUGACCGAUCUGAGGGAUUCCGCAUCACAGUGUCUGGCUUCAGUGGGAAUGCCUCCGAUGCAUUGAACUACCAAAAUGGAAUGCAAUUCUCCGCUAUCGACGAUGAUCGUGACAUUAGCAACACACACUGUGCUACAAACUACGAAGGUGGUUGGUGGUUCUCCCAUUGUCAGCAUGCAAAUCUCAAUGGGCGCUACAAUCUCGGAUUGACGUGGUUCGAUGCCACACGGAAUGAAUGGAUCGCCGUUAAGUCCAGCACAAUGGAGAUCACAAGGAGGGCACAUUGUGAUGCAGAAGAUGCCACAGAUGCUCCGGAAUAGACCAAAGAUCACGUGGUGCAGUCCCUACAGUGGGAGACUUUGACCAAAAGACGCCAAAAUUAAGCUUCGCGAUCGAUCUUUGAGGAUCAAUUUUUGUGCUAAAGCAUCGUGUAGCCAAUUCAUAUUAGACACAAAGUGUUUAAGGGAUCUCUACAGGGGUUGUAGUCAGAGUUGAAAGCAAAAUAAGAAACAUAUCCACGUGGCUGAAUGCACGAUAAUUAAAUCUAAGUUCAAUAUAUGCUUGGUGGAUGAAGUAAACCACAGAUAUUUAAUCUUAACCUUUUUCAUAAUAUUAAUUGAGAAUAAUUUAACGUUCUAGCUUCAAACUAGAACCGCUAGAAUCAUCGAAUUUUGUUCCUAAAUAGCGUUGUUUAUUGUCGAGAAGGAAACGAUUGAUAUUACAUCAAGAUACUUUAUAUAUUUUAAUAUUCUUUCAAUAAAACCUACAAUAAAGAUUGAAAAUAUGGAAAAUAUGAUUGGCUAUGAUGACCAGUUUAGAAAAAAAAAUCCCAAAACUUAUAAAAAUUAACAAAAAUAAUUGAAAAUUUAAUACAUUUAAAAAAAAAUUUGAGAAUAUUAAAGAAAAAUGUUUAAAAUAUCAUUUUGGUAAUUUAAUUCAAUAAAAAUAAAUUUGCUUAACUUAUAGGUAUACUAAUUUUAUUUCAAUUUUCUAAUCAAAAAGAUUAAAAAUUACUCAUUUUAAUUAUUUUAUUUUACCUAUCUAUUUUAUUUAAUUUUUAAUCUAUUCUAAAAUUAUUUUAAAACAUAAAAAAAGAAAAGCAGUUUAAUAUAAUUUUAAACCGGAAUUCCAAGAACCAACUGCAUAUCUUUAAAAAAAUAUAUAUUAUUUCUUUUAACAAACAGUUUCCAUAAAAAUUUUAGCAAUUUUUAAAAACAUUUCUUUAAAUAGAAAAACACGAAAAAAUUAAAGAGAUUAACUAAAAGCAAUGAACUGGAUCAAAUAAUAAUUUCAACUCUGAUUAUAAUUAUAAGAAAAAUUAAAAAAUAAACUGUACAUAUCCAUUAUAUAUUGUAGAAGAAUAGAAAAAGAGAAAAUAUAUGUAAUUCUCUUAUUUACUAAUUAGUUGCAGCGAAUAUAUAAAAAAAAACAAAAACAUUAAAGUGUUGCGAAAAUGUAGGUAGAAUCUUUAGUGCUUAAUUCUUAACACUGCGAAAAAACUAUAUUCUAAAGUAUUUUUUAAAAAUUAUUUUACUGAAAUUAAAUUUAAAACUUCUUGUGUAUAAACGUAAUAUAUUAUAAGUAAUAUUUAGAACAUAUCGAUUCUCUUUUAAAUUUUGGAGAAUCUUAAAAAACACAUGGACGCCAUAUAAGAAAAAAACAGAAAAAAAUAAUUUUAAAUAUAAGAAAAUUGUGUUUUAAACUAGAAUGUGGUAGGAUUUUUUUUUGUAAGAUUCUCUGUGAAAUUCCAUUAAAUUCUCCGUCAUUUGGCGGAGCUCUAUUUAUUGUAACAAUUUCUGCAUAAAAAUGGUCCUAUUAUAACGUACUGAUCUUGCUAGGAAAUAAUUAUAAAUGAUUACCAAAGAGAUCUAUAGGAAGAAUAAAAUGUGGCAUCAAGUAUAAAAGUUUAAAAUAAAAAUGAACAAAAAAUAUCCAGAUAAAUGGAAUUUUAUUCUGCGAAUAAAAUUCGUAAAUAUUUAACACGAAAUGUUGAUUAAAAUAAAAUAAAACAAAUUAAAAGUCAUUUCUCUGUUUAUAUCCUUAGAAAUGCGCUUCUGGGAGAAUAUUUUGAUCAUUUUCAUGACAUUCAGCUUCAUUCAUAAUAAAAGUGAGAAAUGGUUGUUAAACUCAGCAUAAAAUUCAUGUAGAAAUUGUGUAUAAUUAAUUUU